UAUCUGUCUUGAUAAUGGAAAAGAUAAUUUCCAACAAGGUCAGUUGUUUUUUACUCCCUUUAAGGAUUACCAAAUAUUUUGAGAAAUUGGAACUUGAAAUUCUGGUUCAUAGCCUGGAUGUUUCUAAAGCAUUUCUUAAGAAACCCCUGAGAACUGAUCAUGGGAAAUUAGGGGAGCCGUUAAAAGCGAAUAGGAAAUGUAAUACUGAAAGGUAAGAGCACAGUGAUCCGAACAUGAGAACUUCACAAUUCCAGUUUUACUAAAGAAAAUGGAUUUUGUUAUUUUUCUAUUAUAGUUACUCUGGUCCUUAGUUGGACAGGCUGUUGUUUAGUGCCCUUAGAUAACUCAUAAAAGAUACUUUUUCAGUGUCUAGAAUUGAGAGUCCCAACUGCAGUUGGGUGGAUUAAGAGAAAAAAGCUUCCUCUGGUAACUUGUAAUCUAAGAAACUCUUUUCCCACUUCAAAAUAUUUUAUGUUAGAGACUUUAGGAAUACCUCACCGCUGUUAGAUCUCAUAAUGUUAUCUGGUCAGUUUAUUUAUUUUGCCUGCCUCUAGUUUACUCUAGUUUCUCUUCUGCUUUCAAGGCUCCAGACCCAGUUCCUGGACCUGCCCUGGAAAAGAAGUAUCCAGUAGAGAUGAGCUCACUGCAGUUACAUAAUUAAAAAUUUGUAAGCUGCAAAAAUGGCAAUGGGCCAACCAAGAACAGCUCCAAUUUGAAUUUUUCUAUUUCCAGAAAAUGCUUGGCCAGAAGAGAUGAGUACAAAUUCCACUAAGGCCUAGAAUUGCCUACUGUACAGAGAUAGUCUUGAGCAGGCAGUAUACGAAUGGCCCAAGGAAGCCACCAAAUUGAUUUUCAGGUUUUACAUGACCUGCGACAAAAAUUCCCUGAAGUACCUGAAGUUGUUGUAUCCAGGUGCAUGCUACAGAAUAAUAAUAACCUGGAUGCUUGCUGUGCUGUUCUCUCUCAGGAGAGUACAAGGUAUCUUUAUGGUGAAGGAGAUCUGAAUUUUUCAGAUGAUUCAGGAAUUUCUGGUCUACGUAAUCACAUGACUUCUCUCAACCUGGACUUGCAUUCACAGAAUGUUUACCACCAUGGAAGAGAAGGAAGUAGAAUGAAUGGAAGUCGGACUUUAACGCACAGCAUUAGUGAUGGACAGCUUCAGCGUGGUCAGUCCAACAAUGAACUAUUUCAGCAGGAGCCACAGACAGCACCAGCUCAAGUUCCUCAAGGCUUUAAUGUUUUUGGAAUGUCCAGUACUUCUGGUGCUUCAAAUUCAACACCGCAUCUUGGAUUUCACCUAGGCAGCAAAGGAGCAUCUAAUCUUUCUCAACAAGCUCCCAGAUUUAAUCCAAUUAUGGUAACUUUAGCCCCAAAUAUCCAGACUGGUCGUAAUACUCCUACAUCUUUGCACAUACAUGGUGUACCUCCACCUGUACUUAACAGCCCACAGGGAAAUUCAAUCUAUAUUAGGCCUUAUAUUACACCUCCUAGUGGUACAACUCGACAGACACAACAGCAUUCUGGCUGGGUAUCUCAGUUUAAUCCCAUGAACCCUCAGCAAGUCUAUCAACCUUCACAACCUGGUCCUUGGACUACUUAUCCUGCAUCUAAUACUCUGCCACAUACCUCAACCCAACAGCAAAAUCAGCAAGGCCACCAGACCUCUCAUGUCUACAUGCCCAUCAGUUCACCUACUACUCCACAACCGCCAACAGUUCAUUCAUCUGGUAGCUCACAGUCUUCUGCCCAUGGCCAAUAUAACAUUCAGAAUAUUUCAACAGGACCUCGAAAAAACCAGAUCGAAAUCAAACUUGAACCCCCCCAAAGAAACAAUUCUUCAAAAUUACGUUCUUCUGGACCUCGAACCUCCAACAGUUCCUCUUCAGUCAACAGCCAGACCCUAAGUAGAAAUCAGCCCACUGUUUACAUAUCUGCCAGUCCUCCCAAUACUGAUGAGAUGGUCUCCCGGAGUCAGCCUAAGGUCUAUAUUUCAGCUAAUGCCACCACAGGAGAUGAGCAGGGGCUGCGGAAUCAGCCCACACUCUUCAUAUCCACAAACCCUGGGGCAUCUGGUGCCUCCAGGAAUAUGUCCGGACAACUGAGCAUGGGCCCUGCUUUUAUCCAUCACCACCCUCCCAAAAGUCGAGCAAUAGGCAGUAACUCUGCAACUUCUCCUCGAGUGGUGGUUACCCAGCCCAACACAAAAUACACCUUCAAAAUUACAGUUUCUCCCAAUAAACCCCCUGCAGUUUCACCAGGGGUGGUGUCCCCUACAUUUGAACUUACAAAUCUUCUCAAUCAUCCUGAUCAUUAUGUAGAAACAGAGAAUAUUCAGCACCUCACUGACCCAUCCUUAGCACAUGUGGAUAGAAUAAGUGAAGCACGGAAACUGAGUAUGGGAUCUGAUGAUGCUGCCUAUACACAAGCUCUGUUGGUACACCAGAAAGCCAGAAUGGAACGGCUUCAAAGAGAACUUGAGAUUCAGAAGAAAAAGCUGGAUAAACUAAAAUCUGAGGUUAAUGAAAUGGAGAAUAAUCUAACGCGAAGGCGCUUGAAAAGAUCAAAUUCCAUAUCCCAGAUACCUUCACUUGAAGAAAUGCAGCAGUUGAGAAGUUGUAAUAGACAACUCCAGAUUGACAUUGACUGCUUAACCAAAGAAAUUGAUCUUUUUCAAGCCCGAGGACCACACUUUAACCCCAGCGCUAUUCAUAACUUUUAUGACAAUAUUGGAUUUGUAGGUCCUGUGCCACCAAAACCCAAAGAUCAACGGUCAGCCAUCAAAACACCAAAGACUCAAGACGCAGAGGACGACGAGGGCGCCCAGUGGAACUGCACUGCCUGUACUUUCUUGAACCAUCCAGCCUUAAUUCGCUGCGAACAGUGCGAAAUGCCGCGCCAUUUCUGAGCCAGAAGGCCCUGUGUCUUCUCCACAGCACAUCUAAAAUUCAAGAACCUGGAGUUUCACUGCGGCAUAGAAUUUGGUCAGAUGGAAGGUGUGACAGGCUGGUGUUGUGCCAGCAGUCCACGCAGCCAGCAGAGCUAAUGAUACCUCAGUAGAACGUCACGGGCAGUGGAGAGCCGAGCGGGGAAGGCAACCUGCCUGCCGGGAGACAGGGCCACCUGCUGCCUGCCGAAUCCCACUGCCCAUGGCCUCGCUCUCUUCUGCCCACCUUCCCAGUGCUGUCGCCCCUCCUGUCACUACUGAAUUUUGGCAAGAGGAAGGAAAGAACGAUGGCUUCUUUGCUGUUUUUAAAGCUCUCAGUGAAACACUACACACAAGAGGAGGAACAGGGUUCACUAUGUAAAGCCCGUUGGCCGCCGCAUAAUGCCAUGGACGGGAAGAGCUUCACACAUCUGUGGUACUCCAGCCCUGCCUUCGUCUUCCCAGAAAACGUCUCUGUGAAGCCGGCAUCUCGGGUCUCCGAUGAGAAGGAAAGCAGCUUGUAUCGUCUGUACAAACACGCAGAGAUCCCCCAAGCUUGCCCUCCUGUACAGAUUUCUCGUCUGCUUUAAGUGAUUUCUUCCUUAUUAUUUUCUUAUACUUCUAUAUGUAUAGUGUAAUAGCCUUUUGUUAACUAAUUUUCUUUUUUCUUUUUAGUGGUUAAGCACGAUCAUGUCCCCUUUUAAAAGCCUUCCCUGAGAAAAGCAAUGCCAUGAAAUAAAAAAGCAUUAAUGAAUGAAAUUAUGCACAGAAUAACUUUCCUCUUCUUAUUUUGUACUUUGCCCUCAUGGGUUCCGUGUUCUGUGAUGUCAGAUGCUGCCCAGAGCUUGCAGAAAAUGGGACAGUUGUGUCAGGAGAUGACACCCUGUGUGCUGACGCUGUCAGGGUGGCAGAACGCUGGUGAGUCUUCCACGGGGAAGCUUAAAGCGAGGUGCUUGUAGCCCACGGACAGAGUGCUCCACCUGCCUGCUGUCCACGGAAUGGUCAUGAAGUUAUUACCAGGAAAGUACAGUUCCCAAACCAGCAACUGACAGCUCCCAACCCCACCCCCCGACACACACACACACACACACACACUUUUUGGAAAGAUGUUUAAGUGCUUUGCUGUUGGGACAAUCCAUUUGUAAACCUGACUUGGUGGCAGUAUCGUAUGUAUUUAUAAAAACAAGGCUAGUCAUCCUUAGGACAACUGAAGAAAAGCUGGAAAAAGAAAAAAAACAAACUUGAACACUGAAGCAACCUCAAGCAUCUCUAUUUUGAUGAUCUAUUUUUGUAAGAAAAAUAUUUAGAUAAUCAGGAAUGUAUAUAAACUAAAUGAAAUCAAGAAAAAAAACAGUAUACAUUUUUAAAAGAAUUGUGAAAUUACAUACCAGUGCUUGGACUGGAGCUAAAGAAGCUUUCAGAUAAGCAGAGGCUAGGAGAGGGGCACACUGUCGCCCCGUAACAUGCCUGCCAACACACAGGGUGCCUAACGAGAUGGCUUCCGGGCUUCGCAUCACCAAUAUGGAAGGAAAUACGACAAUUCUGGUUACAGACAGUAGACCCAAAGCCCAGACAUUGGAUGCAUUUGUUUCAAAAGUAGGCCUUGGUUGUUUUUUUUUUUUUCAGCUUCAUCUGCAGUUCUAUGUGAAGAUUGAUAAAUCAGUUUUUACUUGUUUUAUUAAUAAAACCUAAUUUGGAUAUCUUGAGUUGAUGGUUUUUGUGAUUUAGCUGGGUAAACUAUCUUUGUAACAGAUAAGUUAUUUAUAAAAAUUAAAAAGCUUAUAUUCUAAUGUGGA